AUUUUUAUAUUGCACGACCCGACGACCGUUACAGUACUCAGUCAAUGAUAUACUGUGUUCUUCUCCACAUCGGAAAUUUUCAUGAAUAUGUGGCUUCAGUGAUAAAAGUGAAUUGCAAACAAAUCAUACCUAACUAUUAAGCAUGGUAAAAUUGUUGGAUUGAAUUGUGUUAAGGAUAAGAAAUAUGGCGAGAGCGAACAACGGAAAUUAUUACACUAAUCCGGCCUUUUGUCAACAAAGUGAAUUUCACAAUGACGAAGACCAAAUCCUCUGGAGAACAAAAAUUAGUCCUAGAAAAAAUCCAAUUGGUGCUCAAACUCCUUAUAGAGAUAUAGACCAUUUAGUGCAUAAAGAAUUCGAACUCAAUAACUCUUACGAAGAACAAGAUUUCUACGAAGAAAUGGAAAUUGACAAUACAGGUAUUGUUAAAGACACAAAAAUUGUUAUUUUUUCUCAUUCUCAAAAUGAAGACUCAAAAUUUUUACAACCACAACAAAAUUUGGGAAUAACAGAUGACGUUACCUACUUAAAUUCCCCAGAUCGAGUUGCAGAUGAACAAAGUUACGAUUAUUUCUCGAUGGCUAAACAUAUUUCUUCGACAAAAGAAAAUGAUGUCAUAAAUUUUCAAGAAUCAGAAUAUUUAAGAUAUAAUGCUCUCAUAGGAAUUCACGAAGACAUGGCAGCAACAAGUAAAGGAAGAUACUCAUUAGUUCCAAUAGAAAACACACCGUCACAAAAUCGGAUGCAGCAACCGAAUAAGCCUAUGACAUACUCACAAAAUUAUCAUAGAUAUGAAUGCAUUGAUGACAAGGAGUACGAUAGUGUAGUAUAUCCAGAUAGUCAUAAUUCAAAGAGUUAUUCCAAAUAUCCUGUUAGCAAGAAUAUUUUACCAAUGAAAAUUCCAAUUCAUCGCCGAGGGUGUUCUCCUCAAAGAACAAAAAAUGAAUAUAGCCAAGAAUAUGUACGACAACGAUACUCACAUAGCUACAAAAAUCUGACACCAACCCAGCAAUUGCAUGAAAUACUAUCUACUCCAAAAAAAAAACCUGUUAUGAAAUCAACUUCUCAAUAUAUGUCAUCCCCUAUUUCUCAAAGAUCAGCUGAUCAUAUCUCUAGAUCGACGAUAUACGAUCCAUUCAUCACACCUCAGAAGGUUUCAUCAUCUAGAAAUCUUAAAGCUCAGCAAAAACUGAAUUAUGCCACAGGAUCAAGGAUAAUGACUCCGAACAGUAAGAAACAUACCGCAAUAAUAUCACCUAUUUGUUCCAGUUCUGUAAAGUCCGUUUAUAGUGAAGAACCAUAUUUAGAUGAAAAUAAUUCAUGGCUGAAUAUUAGUGCAGAAAAACCUCGUGUUCGAGUAACUUUGGCUGUUGCUGCUUUAAUGAUGGUUGUAUGUGGAGGAUUAUCCUCUGGAAUGUGUUCCUAUAUGACGUACUUGAUUGGAAAAGUGUACUACUUGGAGUUUGGAAUCUUAUCAGGUUUCGUGUGUUUGACACUUGGUAUACUGGGAUUCAGAACCAGGUAUUGUACCUGGUUGCCAAAUAGAAAUUUCAUUUCAGGUUACAUCGUCCUGAGCAUUUUCAGUCUUCUUACUUGCUCUGCAUUACUGAUUCUACUCUUCCUUCAGCCAAGACCAGGAACCCCAUUGGCAGAUAUGACAUCAGGAGCAGUAUGCACUAUUUCGGUUCUGUCGUUGUGCCUCGCUACCACUGGAGUAGUUGCUAGUUAUUGUUGUUCAAUACCACCACCAGAUAACAGAGUCCAACAUUGUGCCCAAGGAUUCAUUGUAUAAACUGAGAUGUUAUUAGUUUUUAAAUUUCAAUAAAUUACACAAAACAAUUCCUAAA